AUGACAAAUAUGGGUACCCUUAAAGAAGUGAGGUUAUCAAGCCGUGGUCAACAACGAACAUCCGACAUUGGCGAUGCCUACGCCUCCCCUACUCCUUGGAAAGGGGAAUUUUACGACGAAGACCGGAACCCGGAGGGUGCGAUUAGGGUGGACACUGCGGAGAAUUUGUUGAUGACGGAUGAUCUGCUGAAGCACAUCCACGACCACUUUCGACUUUCUGAAGAUCAUUUGAAAUAUCGGUUUGGACUAGAGAACGGCUUUCAACCUACGCUCACCGAGGCACUCCCUCGAUUCCUGAAUAGAACCUUGAAGCCACGGAUACCGAUCACUCCAGAAGUGACUGCUGUUGGUCCAGGAGCUGGGUCGCUAUUGGCUCAACUGCUGUGGAUUUUGUCCGAACCCGGAGAUGGCAUUCUGGUGACCACGCCUUUCUACGCACAUUACACCCGAGAUACUGUGUAUCCUGCACAGGCCGUUACAGUUGCAGUUCACGUACCUCCGGACGAUGACCCCCUCUCGCCAUCCGUGAUUCCUCUCAUUCGAAAGACUGCCGAAGAACGAGAAAACCGUAACCAGAGGUGCACCGUACUGAUACUGUGUAAUCCACACAAUCCGAUUGGGAGAGCAUAUCCCGUGGAGACUAUCAAAGGUUAUGCUGCCAUAGCAGAGGAGCUCAACUUGCAUCUCAUAGUUGAUGAACUCUUCGCGAACGAAGUCUUUUCGAGCCGUUUCUCACCACAUCCGACGGAGUUUGUUUCAAUUCUCAGCUACGAUCCGAUAGAACUCCAAUGUAACCCCUCAAGAAUCCAUGUCCUUGCUGGGCCGGGCAAGGACUUUGGUGCAUCUGGUAUCAAAGCAGCAGGUCUGGUUUCUCAGAACAACCCUUCGGUUGUGGCCUGCGUACGCGCUGCCUUGAUGCCAAUCCCGGUCUCAAGUGCAGCAGAUGCCAUAUUCACGUCAAUCUUGAAUGACGUCGAUUUCUGCGAGAGGUUUUUAGAAGAAAACAGAAUCAAAUUGGGGAAGGCGUUCGAACUAUUGGCGGACUGGUGUAAUUUCCAUGGAUUAUCGUUCUCAACAACAGAAGCGGGCAUAUUUUGUCUGGUGGACUUUGCGCCACUGAUUCAGAAAUCCGAAGACCAGAGUUUAACGCUCGAGGAACAAGUGGAGAACGCAACUUUGAGGAUGAAGCGAUCGGGGGUACUGUUGAAACACGCAAACCAAAUUGUGACACGUUUCCGAGUGAUUUUCAGUUUUCCUGAAAAACUCAUGAAGCUCGUGCUAUUCCGUAUCGAAAACGCGUUCUCACUCACUCACUGUCGGUGGUAG